CAUUUGUUGUUUGUAUGCGAGUACAAAAAUCAAGAAAUUCUAAAGUUUUAUUAUUAUAUUUCAAGGUAUAUUCAAAUUGAAGCUUACUGACCUUGCGGUAUAAUAAGCUAGUGUCUUGUUCGUAUUGUGUAGAAAAAAAAUAUCGUUCAAAAUGAAUCGGAUAAUCAUCGCGUGCGCAGUUUUGUCGGUUGCUGCGGCAGCCGUCCUCCCUGAGGAUGCUCAAGCUCAGAUAGUGGACUACGUUAAUAAUAAUGAUGGUGCUGGCAACUAUAACUUCAGAUUCGAGACUUCCAAUGGAUUAAAACGCCAAGAAAAUGGCGUUGUGUUCAACCAGGGACAGGAAGAUGAAUAUAUUCAAGUUCAAGGAUCAUACUCUUACAUCGAUACCAAGGGAAGACUCGUUAACGUCAUUUACCGUGCUGACAGAGAUGGUUACCAUCUCCAAGAAAAAGAAACUGGACCGACCAUGACUGGUUUUCAAGCAUCCCCUGGUCUUUCUCCAGCUGCAAUAGCUUCAUUGUUAGGAAAAUAAAGAUGAGAAGACUACUACCACACAAUCUGAAAGCAAAACUAUGACAUAUUAUUACGAAGGGCAACUGAAAUCUAUGUAGUACAUACAUUGAAAGUCGUACCAAACUAAAGACGUACUUACUUUUAUUUAUUAUAAUUACACCAAUAAUGUUUACCUGUAGGAAAUAUGUAUCAUUAUAACAUAGUAUAAAACAAAGUCGCCAUCUGCCAUCUGUCUGUCCCUAUGUAUGCUUAGAUCUUUAAAACUACGC